UAUGAAGCAGUCAAGCGCCUGUUCGCUAACACCAAGCAUUCUAUUUUGUUUGGUGCUAUAAUUGUCUUCUUCUUCUUUUUUUAAAAUUAAUAAAAAAAAAAUAAAAAAAACACUUAUUAAGCUUGUAAUUCUAAUGCAAUCUCAGAUACAAGAAGCUAUGGCUAUGAGAAAAGUAACAGGUGCUUAAUAACCACCCAACAAGUUCAUACCUGCUAUUUGCGACACCAGAACAACUUCCAUGGGGAUUUCACUUGGUGCUUUUUCAUGGGUUUGUGAUGGAGAACUUGAUUUGGGUUCUUAUUGCAUUCAAAGGAGUAUCAUAGAAGUUGUAAAUCUGCUAUUCUUCUGUCUUUUCUCUCUGCUUCAGCUUGUCGGUUUAAUAAGAAACCAUCACAGAAAUAGUGUAUGGAGAAGGGACUGGGUGUUUGUAUUUGUUUCAAUCUGCUGUGGCCUAACAAGUUUUACUUAUUUUGUUGCUGGUUUUUGGAAUCUGAUUUCCAUAAACGACAGGCACAGUCAGGGAGACUUGUUGACUUACCUUGUCAGAGUAAUAGUCUGGAUCUCUUUCACAGUUUCUUUGCUUCUACAACUGUCUACAUGGACCAGAAUCCUCAACUCUGUUUGGUGGAUGACAUACUUUUCAUUGUUUUCGGCUAUGAACAUUGAAAUUCUGUCAAGAACAGGUAGGAUUCAAAUUACAGACUCAGUGCAAUGGCUAGUGAACUUUUUGCUUCUUAUAUGUAGUUUCAAGAACAUCAGACAAUUGCUUUCCAAACCAAGACAAGAAGAUCAUAAUCUAGCAGAACCACUAGUUGUCAAAAAAUCUGAAAAGAGCAAAACAGAACCAGGUCAGGCUAGUUUCUUCAGCAAAUUGUCAUUUUCUUGGAUUGGUCCUUUGCUUAGCUUAGGCUACUCAAAACCAUUAUCUCUCAAAGACAUCCCUCCUCUGGUUUCUGAAAAUGAAGCCAGGCUAGCAUACCAAAAGUUUGCUCAGGCGUGGGAUUCUCUUUCAAGGGACAAGGGUCCCAACAAUACCAAGAACUUGGCGUUGUGUGCCAUAGCAAAAGUUUACAUGAAGGAUAACAUUUCUGUGGGCAUUUGUGCGUUUCUGAGAACCAUCACUGUAGUAGUUGCUCCUUUAAUACUCUACGGUUUCAUAAAUUAUGCAAACCGAGAGGAGGAGAAUAUCUAUCAAGGUGUUUUAGUACUUGGGUGUUUAAUUGUUUGCAAGGUGGUCGAGUCAUUGAGUCAGAGGCAUUGGUUUUUCAAUGCCAGGAGGUGUGGGAUGAGGAUGAGAUCGGCCUUAAUGGUGGCGGUCUAUCAAAAGCAGAUUAAGCUUUCUACUUUGGGAAGAAGAAGGCACUCAACAGGGGAAGUUGUGAAUUAUGUAGCGGUUGAUGCCUACAGGAUGGGUGAAUUUCCAUGGUGGUUCCAUUCGUCAUGGAAUUUUGUUCUGCAACUUUUUCUAGCCAUUGGUGUCCUUUUCUGGGUGAUUGGUAGUGGUGCUCUUUUUGGUCUUAUUCCUCUUUUCAUCUGUGGACUACUCAACGUCCCAUUUGCUAAGAUGCUGCAAAGGUGUCAAUUCCAAUGCAUGGUUGCUCAAGAUGAGAGACUGAGAUCAACUUCAGAGAUCCUAAACAGUAUGAAAAUCAUCAAGUUACAAUCUUGGGAAGAAAAGUUCAAAAACUCCAUUGAAUCCCGCCGUGCAAAUGAAUUCAAAUGGUUGUCAGAAGCUCAGCUUAAGAAGGUUUUUGGGACUUUACUGUAUUGGAUGUCUCCAACCAUUGUAUCUUCAGCUGUAUUCAUCGGAUGUGUAGUUCUUAAGAGUGCCCCUUUGGAUGCAAGCACCAUAUUCACAGUUUUAGCCACAUUGAGGAGCAUGGGAGAGCCUGUGAGAAUGAUACCGGAAGCUCUUUCUGCGAUUAUCCAAGUCAAGGUUUCGUUUGAUCGGCUCAAUGCUUUUUUUCUUGAUGAUGAGAUCAAACAUGAUGGAAUAAGAAGAUAUCCAGUACUGGACCACUCAGACCAAUGCUUAAAAAUUCAAGGUGGUAUUUUUAGUUGGGACCCAGAAUCAACUAUUCCAACUCUGCAUGAAACAAAUUUGGAGAUCACAUUGGGGCAGAAAGUUGCAGUUUGUGGACCUGUUGGAGCAGGAAAGUCAUCACUUUUAUAUGCUGUACUAGGAGAGAUACCAAAAAUUUCGGGAACUGUUGAUGUGUAUGGAUCCAUUGCCUAUGUUUCUCAAACAGCUUGGAUACAGAGUGGAACCAUUCGUGAUAACAUACUCUACGGGAAGCCAAUGGACAAGGAAAAAUAUGAGAAAGCCAUAAAAGCAUGUGCUUUGGACAAGGACAUUGACAGUUUCAACCAUGGUGACCUUACAGAAAUAGGUCAGAGAGGGAUCAACAUGAGUGGAGGGCAGAAGCAGAGAAUUCAACUUGCUCGAGCAGUGUAUAAUGAUGCUGAUAUCUAUCUUCUUGAUGAUCCCUUUAGUGCAGUAGAUGCACAUACUGCUGCCACUCUCUUUAAUGAUUGUGUCAUGGCUGCUCUAGAAAAGAAAACUGUAAUUCUAGUGACUCAUCAAGUUGAGUUUCUAUCUGAACUUGACAAAAUUCUGGUUAUGGAGGGUGGACAAAUUACUCAAUCAGGAAGCUAUGAGGAACUGUUGAAAGCCGGGACAGCUUUUGAACAGCUUGUGAAUGCUCACAGAGAUGCAAUAUCAACAUUUGGUACUUCAAAUUCUGAAAGCCAAGGAGAAGUUCAAAAAGGAGAUUUGAUUGGUUCAGAGGAGACUGCCGGGUCUUACCCCACUAAAGAAAAUGAUCAAGGGGAUAACUCUUUGAAGGGUUUAACAGGAGUUCAGUUAACAGAAGAAGAAGAGAAGGAGAUUGGUAAUGUAGGAUGGAAGCCACUUUGGGAUUACGUCUUUGUUGCCAAAGGAUUACUUCUCCUAAUUUCAGGCAUAAUAACUCAGGCUGGUUUUGUGGGUUUGCAAGCUGCUGCAACUUAUUGGCUAGCCCUGGCCAUUAAAAUUCCAAAGGUCACUUCUACCAUGCUAAUUGGGAUCUACAGUGCAAUUUCAUUGCUUAGUGCUGGCUUUGUGUAUUUAAGGUCAUUAUUUGGAGCCCGGCUUGGAUUAAAUGCCUCCAAAGCUUUUUUUACUGGUUUCACCAAUGCUAUCUUUAAAGCUCCCAUGCUGUUCUUUGAUUCAACCCCGGUUGGCAGAAUUUUGACCCGAGCUUCAUCAGAUAUGAGCAUUGUGGAUAACGAUAUACCUUUCUCCAUCGUCUUUUCAAUCGCUGCUACGAUUGAACUUCUGACAACCAUUAUAAUUAUGGCUUCAGUCACUUGGCCAGUUCUUAUUGUGGCCAUUCUUGCUCUUGUUGCUACUAAUUAUGUUCAGGGCUAUUAUCUAGCUACUGCAAGAGAAUUAAUAAGAAUUAAUGGAACAACAAAAGCUCCGGUUACCAAUUAUGUGUCUGAGACAUCACUUGGUGCUGUCACAAUAAGAGCUUUUCGAUCAGCAGACCGCUUCUUCCAUAAUUACUUAAAGCUAGUAGACACAGAUGCUGGACUCUUCUUCUAUUCAAAUGCAGCCAUUGAAUGGUUAAUUCAAAGAAUAGAAGUACUUCAGAAUAUGACCCUUUUCACUGCAGCUUUUCUCAUUAUUUUACUUCCUAAAGGUUAUAUAGCUCCAGGUCUUGUGGGUCUCUCUCUUUCUUAUGCCUUGUCAUUAACAGGGACACAAAUUUUUUUGUCUCGAUGGUACUGCAAUUUAUCCAACUACAUUAUUUCAGUUGAAAGAAUCAAGCAAUUCAUGCAUAUACCACCAGAGCCUCCAGCUAUUAUUGAAGGGAAGAGACCUCCAUCUUCAUGGCCAACCAAGGGUCGGAUAGACUUGCAUUCUUUGGAGAUCAAAUAUCGUCCAAAUGCUCCGUUAGUUCUCAAGGGAAUCACAUGCACAUUCAAAGAAGGGACUAGAGUGGGAGUUGUGGGAAGAACAGGAAGUGGAAAGACUACAUUGAUAAGUGCUUUGUUUCGUUUAGUAGAGCCAACAAAUGGGAAAAUCAUCAUAGAUGGACUUGACAUAUGCUCUAUUGGUCUAAAGGAUUUGAGGAUGAAACUGAGCAUCAUUCCCCAGGAGCCAACUCUUUUCAGAGGUAGCAUUCGAGCUAACUUGGACCCUUUAGGCCUUUACUCCGACGAUGAAAUAUGGAUGGCUUUGGACAAGUGUCAACUUAAAGCAGUAGUGAGCAGCCUACCUAAUCUACUUGAUUCAUCUGUGAGUGAUGAAGGAGAGAAUUGGAGUGCUGGGCAGAGGCAGCUGUUUUGCCUAGGCAGAGUCCUCCUUAAGAGAAACAGAGUUCUAGUACUAGAUGAGGCUACUGCUUCCAUCGAUUCUGCAACAGAUGCAAUUCUGCAGAGAAUCAUCAGGCAGGAAUUCUCUGAAUGCACUGUCAUAACCGUAGCUCACAGAGUUCCUACUGUUAUAGACAGUGAUAUGGUCAUGGUCCUCUCUUAUGGGAAGCUGGUGGAGUAUGAUGAGCCAUCAGAGCUUCUGGAUGCAAACUCCUAUUUCUCAAAGCUGGUAGCUGAAUACUGGUCAAGUUGCAGGAGAAAUUCUUAAUUAUGAGGAAAUUAAUUUCCAAACCCAAGUGGCUGAUUGAUAAUAAAUCGUGACAGAACCAUCAUCAAUAAAGCAAUGAACAACUUGAAUUAAUAAUUAAUUUGUUUAAGCAGGUAUAUAUAAUUGCAUAUUUACAUUA